AUGGUGGUGGCGGGGAUGGUCGGAGGUGGUGGCGGUGGGUGGUGGCGGUUGAUAGCGGUGACGGCGGUGAUCGGAGGUGGCAGUCACAAUGGUGGCAGCGAUGAUCGAAGGUGGGUGGUGGCGAUGAUCGGAGGUGGCAGUGGCGACGGUGGGUGGCGGGGACGGAGGUGGGUGGCGGCGGUAGGUGGUGGUAGCGGCAGUGGCGGGUGGCGGCGGAGGUGGGUGAAGGCGGCGGAUGACGGUGGUGGUGGGGUUGGAAUUGGAAUGAAUGUGUAUACAUGCAUAUACGUAUUAUGGAGAGAGUGCAAGAUUGAAAGCGAAAAGAAAGAUGGAGAAUUCAACACGGCGGAUAGACGGAGGGAGAAAAUGUUUGUACAAAGACCGUAUUGCCCUUGA